UCAAGAGACUAAACGAAAGUAAAAGCAAGCACGCCAUUUUGAGGGUUUAAACAUUUUAACAAAGAGUAUAAACGGUACGCAUAUUUCGUGGUCUGCAGUCAUGCUCUUUCUGAAACACAUAAAGUAGGAGAGCAGUACCUCCAAAAUGAGUUUCCGUGAGGAAAGAGAGAAUGAAGACACUAUGUCUGAAGCGAGCUCUUCAUCUCCUGGAUCAGGCCACACAUCUCUAAGUGAUGAAUCCAUACAAAAGCUGCCCCCUGCAAUCAGAGAUGCAGUGACCUCUGACCCCUGCGUCAGCAGGAGGAAGAGAUCGAGAGCAGAGUCUCCAGAACCCAGCUGUGUGUCUGUGAAGAGUAACAGAUCCAUGCAGAAUCGACCCCCUGUUUUCUGUGAUGGACCAGUGACCUCUGAUCCUCUCAGGGGAGAUAUAAAUGAGAUGAUCAGAUCUGUGUCGUCCUCUGCAUCCCACUCUCAGACUCACAUCAGGCAGGACGACACAGUCCUGCAGAAACACACACUGGACACUGGAGACCAUCAGAGAGUCAAAGACCAGCUCAAAACCAGCAUGAAGAACAAGUAUGAGAGAUUAUUUGAGGGAAACAAACUCCAAGAGAAUGAAACCCUCCUGAACAGGAUCUAUGCACAGCUCUACAUCAUAGAGGGAGAGAGUGAUGGAGUGAAUAAAGAACAUGAGGUUUUACAGAUGGAGAAAACAGCCAGAACACAAAACUCACAAGACACUCCAAUCUACUGCAAUGACAUCUUUAAAGCCUCAACUGAACCAGGAUGUGAAGAGAAAGAUCAGAUCAAGACUGUUCUUACUAAAGGCAUCGCUGGAAUUGGAAAAACCGUCUCUGUGCAGAAGUUCAUUAUGGACUGGGCCGACGGAAAAGCCAAUCAGGAUGUAGAUUUCAUUUUUGUGCUUCCAUUUCGAGAGCUGAACUUGAUCCAAGAUCAUCAGUACAGUCUUCACAGACUUCUGCUGGACUUUCAUCCUGAACUUCAAGAUCUGGACUCACAGAUUUAUGAGGAGUGUAAAGUUGUGUUCAUCUUUGAUGGUCUGGAUGAAAGCAGAAUCACACUGAUGUUUUCAGACGCUCAGAAAGUUUGUGAUGUGACUGAGACUUCAUCAGUGGCUGUGUUGAUGUCAAAGCUCAUGAAAGGAGAGCUGCUUCCCUCUGCUCUCAUCUGGAUCACCUCCAGACCAGCAGCAGCCAAUCAGAUCCCCUCCAAAUACAUCAACCGUCUGACAGAAAUUCAGGGAUUCAAUGAGCCUCAGAAGGAGGAAUAUUUCAGGAAGAGAAUCAGUGAGCAGCAUCAAGCCAGCAGAAUCAUCUCACACAUCAGAAGAGCAAGAAGCCUCCACAUCAUGUGCCACAUCCCCGUCUUCUGCUGGAUCUCAUCCACUGUGCUUCAGAAGCUCCUGGAAGAAGAUCUGAGUGCAGAAAUCCCUCAAACUCUGACUGAAAUGUACAUCCAUUUCUUGCUGAUUCAGAUCAACAUGAGGAACCAGAAGUAUGAAGACAGAGAUCCAGAGAAACUCCUGCAGUCCAACAGAGAAUUGAUUGUGAAACUUGCUGAAGUGGCUUUCAAACAGCUGAUGAAGGGCAAUGUGAUGUUCUGUGAGGAGGACCUGAUUGAGAGCGGCAUAGACAUCACUGACGCCUCAGUGUAUUCUGGGAUUUGCAUUGAGAUCUUUAAGAAGGAGUCUGUGAUUCAUCAGAGGAAAGUCUACAGCUUCAUCCAUCUGAGUGUUCAGGAGUUUCUCGCUGCUUUCUUUGUGUUUUACCAUUAUGUAAUGAUACAUAUUGAUACAUUGCAAUUUUGCGAUGUGAUACAUAAUCUGCAUAGAGAUGCAGUAGAUAAAGCUCUUGAGAGUAAGAAUGGACACCUGGAUCUGUUCCUGCGGUUCCUGCUGGGUAUCUCACUGGAGUCCAAUCAGAGACUCUUACAGGAUCUACUGACACACACAGAGAACAGCUCAGAGAGCAUCAGGAGAACCACACAGUACAUUAAAGAGAAGAUCAAAGAUGGACAUGGACUCUCCACUGAAAGAUCCAUCAAUCUGUUCCUCUGUCUGCUGGAAGUGAAAGAUCAGACUCUGUCCAGAGAGAUUCAGGAGUUUGUGAAAUCAGACAAACACUCAGAGAAGAAACUCUCUCCUGCUCACUGCUCAACAAUCGCCUACAUGCUUCAGAUGUCAGAGGAGCCGCUGGAUGAGCUGGACCUCAAGAAAUACAACACAUCAGAUGAGGGUAUAAGAAGAUUGAUACCAGCUGUGAUCAACUGCACAAAAGCCCUUGUUGCUGGCUGUAAUCUCACUGCUCUGGAUAGUGAAAUUGUGUCAUCGGCUCUUCAAUCCUCAAACUGUGUCCUGAGAGAGCUGGAUCUGAGUAACAAUGACCUGCAGGAUUCAGGAGUGAAGCUGCUCUCUGAUGGACUGAAGAGUCCAAACUGUCAGCUGGAGAUACUGAGGUUGUCUGGCUGUAUGGUGACAGAGGAAGGCUGUGGUUAUUUGUCUUCAGCUCUGAGUUCAAACCCCUCACACCUGAGAGAGCUGGAUCUGAGCUACAAUCACCCAGGACCAUCAGGAGUCCAGCUGCUCAAACACAAACUGCAGGAUCCAAACUAUAAACUGCAGAUACUCAAUUUGGACCAUGGAGGACAUUUCAGAAUCAAACCAGGACUGAGAAAAUAUGCCUGUGAUCUCACACUGGAUCCAAACACAGCACACACUCAACUCAUCCUGUCUGAAGGAAACAAAAAGGCAACGCGUGUUGAAGACAAGCAGUCAUAUCCGGAUCAUCCAGAGAGAUUUGAUCACCAUGAGCAGGUUCUGUGUGGAGAGAGUAUGACUGGACGCUGUUACUGGGAGGCUGAAUGGAGUGGAAUGGAGGUUGUUAUAUCAGUGACAUAUAAGGGAAUGAACAGGAAAGGUGGGAGUGACUGUUGGUUUGGAUACAAUGACAAAUCCUGGAGUCUCUUCUACUCUAAAAACAAUUAUACUGUCUGGUACAAUAAUAACAGCACUGAUGUAUUUGGCCCUUCAUCCCACUCUAAUAGAGUAGGUAUCUAUCUGGACUGUCUGUCAGGCACUCUAUCCUUCUACAGCGUCUCUGACACACACACACUCACACACAUAUACACAUUCAACACCACACUCACUGAACCCCUCUAUGCUGGAUUUGGGGUUUAUCCUGAAUCUUCUGUGUCUCUUUGUCAGAUUUAACAAAAUUUGUGAAGAACCACAGAGACACGGGAAAGAAAAGAAAAUAAGUUAUUAAAAAAUAAGCUAAAAAAGUUAUUGCGAUUUUAUAUCUUACAAUUGCAACUUUCUCGAUAUUGUGUCAAUUAUUAGUCACAAGUGCAAGAAAUAGAGUUGCAAUUGUGAGAUAAAGUCAGCUUGUAAUAUAAAUUUGCAGUGUGAGAUACAAAGUUGCAGUUAUGAGAAGUAGUUGCAUUUCCAAGAUCAUAUUGUCAUAUUGUACAAGUCAUAUUGUAAGAUAUAAAGUCACAAUUACCAAAAAUUCCCACUUUUCAGAAAGUCGCCAUUGCACGAAAAUGAAUGAAUCAAAUUCGACAUACAGUUCACAUGGAUAUUACUAAUCAAAUAGCCAAUUAAAUGUAGAGCGCUGUGAAUUUGAAGUUGCAAGAUAUUCUGGGUUGCAGUGGCAUUCAGUGUAUCAACAAGGUUUCCCUUUAAUGAGCAAUGACUUCCACAAGUGCAAAUAAAAUAUGUGAUUGGUUGGAUUUUCUGUCACAUUGUUAAUGUAAAUUAUAUGGAAAUCAUACUGUUAUAUUGAGUAGAAUUAACAAAAUGUGUUCAUACCUGCAUAGGUGUCUAUUUGUGAGUGUUUUCCUCUUUGAGUCAUGAAGUUUUAUUUUGCAGUGUUGGCUCUUCUUCCCUUUUUCACCAUAAUUGCAUGGGAGUUGGUUUUAUUUGAGCUCUCAGACUUAUUUUAUAUAUUUUUUAAUUUUCAGAAUCAAAGCUAAUGGUCUGUAGAAACACUCUGGACUCUUUAUUUGGUGUGAUCUUAUUAAAGCUCCUAUAGAUGUCGUCACUGUUUCAGAGGAUCCACAGACUCAGUUUCAUCUGCUGGAUUGUUAAGAACUGUUAGAUCAGCGUCUUUG